GCGACGAAGGUGGCGCUGGAGCCGGGGUUGACCUAUCUGGAGCAAAGGUCGAUCUCGAAGCCCGUGCUGGCCGACUACCGCAGGCGGGCGCAGGCCUUCGUGACGUGUGCCUCCGAGAGCCACCUGGACUGGAGGGGCUCGGCGGAGCUCGACUCCGUGCUCGUGGGAUACUUCAACCUGCUUUACUUCCAAGGGUACAGCGGGGACGAUGCGUCCAAGCUGUUGGCCGCGGUGAAGUUCUUUGUGGCGAACCUGAGCCGGUGGGGGACGGAGAGCCUCCCUCGUUGCUCCCGGGCCCUGGCAGGCUGGGGCAAGUGCGUCCCGCGGCGCUCGCGCCAGCCCCUCCCGUGGCUGGUGGUGGCCGCGUUGGCCGGCGUGCUCCUGCGGUGGCAGCUGGUGGAGCACGUCGUGGCGAUGAUCCUGAGCUUCAGCACCUACAUGAGGCCCGGGGAGGUGGACUCCCUCGUCGGGCUGCAGGUCGUCGAGGGCGUCGCGGAGGGCAGCGGCAACGGCGGCGUCGUGGCGCUGGUGCUCUUCCCGGAGGAGAUGGGGGUGCCCAGCAAGACGGGCAUGUGGGACAUGACAGUGCCUCUGGACACUUUCCGGUUCCUCGGCCCGUCGCUCCUCGCCCUGAAGAGGCGCUGCCGGACGCUGAAGGACCGACUGUGGAGUUGCCCCCCAGGCGACCUCGGACAGAAGAUGCGCGCGGCUGCGGAGGAGCUCGGCCGUGCCCUGGCCUCUCCAUAUCAGCUGCGGCACGGCGGGGCCUCCGACGACCUCGUGGCGCGCCGGCGGACCGCCCUGGAGAUCCAGGCACGAGGGGGCUGGGCGAGCCCGCAGUCGUUCCUGCGGUACGCCAAGCCCGGGCGGAUCCUGGCGGAGAUGGCGAAGCUUCCCGCCGGGGUCCUGGACUUCGGCCGGGCGGUCGACGUGGCGCUGGCCGAGAUCUUCCUGAGGGGG